GACGGACUUGGACGUCAUUGGCUGAGCUCAAACAACUUCUAACAUCUUCAGCAGCAUGCGCGGGUCGCAAGUCUUACGGAUGUCUCACUAGUCGUCAAUGUAGUCCACGCCGGAGCUCUGCAGCUGUGGAGCCAUGGCUGACUGUAGCUUCCGCAGAAGAUUAUUGCUGCUGGUUCUUUGGGCUUGGGCCUUGGAGAGCCGCGACUUCAUCGAGGGUGCCAGACCUGUCCGACGGAACCACGGCGUGGUUCGCCCGGCUUCUGCAACUCAGCCCGAUGAGGAGGUGUCGGAUGCCAUCAAAGAGUGGAGCGAAGAGGUUGGUCCGGGGAUCUACAUUGCAAAGACUUCGAUCAACUUGCGCUCGGAGGCCGAUGCUGACUCCGAGCUCAUGGGUGGUAUGGUGAAGGCGGGCGAAGUCUUCGAAGUCACGGAGGUCCAAGCGCCCAGUGAGGCGGAUCCGUUGGGCUACCUCCGCGUGGGAGAGCGCGGGUGGAUCUUCGACGUGGGCAUUGCGGGGCCUUGGGUGGGUGUUCCCAUCGUGGCAGAGGUCACUGGUCAGCUGGCCGAAAGGUACGCCCGCAUCUUGCGGAAUCGCAACCGCUACGCGGAGUAUCAAGCCGCCCUGGGCGAGGACGAGGACUUCCUGGAACGGGACGAGGUGCCGGCUGCGAUGCUGGAGCAGAAUGAACAACUGUGGAAAGCGCUUCGCCAGGACAUCCAAGUGGAGGAGCUCGGGGAAGAGGAGCGGAAAGCGUUUGACAAUCUCUGCAAGGAUGAAGAGGAGAGGAACCUGGUCUUGUCCACGCUGAGAGAAGCAUCAGGUGCUGCGUUCCGAAAGCUGCUGGUUCCGCGGUGGAUGAAACUCCAACAACUUCUUCCACCAGAGAUGAAGAUGGAGAUGGAGGCGUCAAAGCAACGUUUCUCGAGUUUGCCAGGACGCCCUACCUCUGCUCCUCCUCGCUUCAUGCGUUCACUCAGAGGCGCCACGCAGGGGGUCACCUACCGGCCAUUGGACCUGGGAAGAAGGAUGGGGAUCCGUGUGCCGGCAGCAAGCACAGCCAUGUGACGCCCCCAAAGGUUUGUACAUAGCUUGCCAGACUGGACGAUCUCUGCUGCAGUGAGAGCUCUGCAGAAAACGACCGCGCAGAAAAAGA